GAAAGGAAGGCUUGGUGAUGCAGCCAUAGCUAAGGCUCUGAGGAAGCGCAGUUCCUUUACUGUGGUGAACAGCCAUGUUUGAGAGUUCUUGCAGAAACCAUGCAUCAUCUCCGCGCCCAGUCUCAGUUGUACGGGUUGCACUUCUGACUCAGCCAGAGAAAAGCGCAAACUGGACCCCAGGAUGCAGCUGCUCUGCCCUGCCCCCUUGAUGUUUCCUCUGAAGCUUUUUGCUGUUGCCAUGGCUGUCUCGUUCUGUGGCUGAGGUUGCUGCUGCUUGACAGGCGGGUACAUGCAGCCCAGGGUGGCCUCAAAGUCACUGGGCAACCGAGGAUGGCCUUUGCCUUCUGAUGCUCCUGCUUCUGCCUCCUAAGUCCUUAGUUCCAAGCCAGUUUGAUAAAUAAUCCUUGUAUGUCUGGAUUUAGCUAGGACUGGAUCAACUUUGAAUAGCCAGUUUUCUUUCUUUCUUUCUUUUCUUUCUUUCUUUCUUUCUUUCUUUCUUUCUUUCUUUCUUUCUUUCUUUCCUUUCCUUUCCUUUCCUUUCCUUUCUUUCUUUCUUUUCUUCUUCCUCCCCCUCCUCUUCUUCUUCUUCCAUAAAUUUUUGGCACGGGGUUUCUCUGGCUGUGUAGCCCUAUGGCUGUCCUAGAACUCACUCUGUAGACUAGGCUGGCCUCUGACUCCCAGAUCUCCUUGCCAGUGCUGGGAUUAAAGACAUAAACCACCACACCCAGCGAACAGCCAGUUUUCUUAAAAGAAGCAUAGAAGGGCAGGCCGGGAACCAAGUAGUUAGGCUGAAAGGAAAGAAGAAAGAAAGAAAAAAGAACCAGCCUUCAUCUUACAGUCUCACACACAAAACAAGAAUGCCAACUCACAGGUACAGGUUAACAGCUAAACCAACAGACAAAAUGGCACAGAAACAACCGUGAGAAACCAAUACUUGCUAUGAGCACAGACUAACAGGGAACUGAGAGAACAUAAUCAUAUUAACUCAGGGUGUUUGGGACAACUUGGCUAUUUUUAUUGCUUUGCUUUGUUUCUUUAAGUUUUAUAUUGAGGCUCCUGUGUUCAGUUGUGUGUCUAAAAGGAAAAAGGAAAAGAACAACUAGGAAAAACCUUGGACACCAGUUUCCUGAGAGUACCUCCUUAGAAAUUUGAGGAAGCUGCAAGCCCAUUGUCUUACGACCGCUCGCAGAGGGUGGCCAUCCACAUUCCUUGUGUAUGCAACUGCCACCUUUACCAAGGCACUCAGUUGGAGACGGGGUGAGGAAGCAACUGGAAAGUCUCGGUUUCCAUAGAGAGAAAAUAAGGGCCUUAUCAAGCAAAGAACUGGCCUGCUAAAUGUGUUUUGGAACCCAAUGUGCUAAUUAAAGAUAUCAUCUCCCUGGGUGCCAUCCUAGGGCUAAUUCAUCUCAGCAGCAUCUGAAGCGGUUCUGAGGCAUGGAGUGGCUUAGGAUUGGCUGGAAGAUGGUGUCUUCCCAGACAAGCCAUGUACUCUUUCAUCUGGCCCAGGACCAGGGUAUGUAUAAGAAAGUAAUGUUAGAAUCGAGGCUGCUGCUCAGGCCACCAUACCUGAAGCAGCCCUUCCCACUCACGGACAGGACGGGCUCCAUGCUGAGACAUCGGCGACUCUCUAGCUAACAGACUUCCAAGUGCUAGGACUUCUCACAUGGAACAGUGGGGAUUGGUGGGGACACAUCCUGCUCCUUACCCCCCCCUCCCUGCCUCCUGCCUGAGAAUCAGAGAGCCUGGCUUAUUACUCUGAAACUGCCCUCAUCCUCAGAAAAGUGUAAGAAGAUGCAAGAAGUAAAUUACAAGGGUCCAUUUUCAGCGUGAGGUGAGCUUAAAGUCCCUCAGAGUUACAGCUCAGCAAGAUGUACCAAGUGCCCUCCCUCAGAGUAGCCUGAGGUGUCCCCCACUUAGGGACUUCUGUCAGGUAAAGCCAGGCACUUCUGUGCCACAGAAAAGAGUUCCAGGACGAGUCACACGACUGGGAUCUGGAAAGUUUGGACAAGUCUUCCGACUAGAAAAGAAAACUAGAAAAAUCUGGGCAGGGAAGUUUUUCAAGGCCUAUUCUGCCAAGGAGAAAGAGAACAUCCGCCAGGAAAUCAGCAUCAUGAACUGCCUCCACCACCCCAAGCUGGUCCAGUGUGUGGAUGCCUUCGAAGAAAAGGCCAACAUCAUCAUGGUCCUGGAGAUCGUAUCCGGGGGUGAGCUGUUUGAGCGCAUCAUCGACGAGGACUUCGAGCUGACGGAGCGUGAGUGCAUCAAGUACAUGAGGCAGAUUUCGGAAGAGGUGGAGUACAUCCACAAGCAGGGCGUUGUGCAUCUACUGGACCUCAAGCCCGAGAACAUCAUGUGUGUCAACAAGACAGGCACCAGGAUCAAGCUCAUUGACUUCAGGCUGGCAGGAAGACUAGAGAAUGCUGGGUCUCUGAAGGUCCUCUUUGGGACCCCAGAGUUUGUGGCUCCUGAAGUGAUCAACUAUGAGCCCAUCGGCUAUGCCACAGACAUGUGGGACAUCGGGGUCAUCUGCUACAUUCUGGUCAGCGGACUGUCCCCCUUCAUGGGCGACAAUGACAAUGAGACCUUAGCCAACGUGACUUCGGCCACCUGGGACUUUGAUGAUGAGGCGUUCGAUGAGAUCUCUGAUGAUGCCAAGGAUUUCAUCAGUAACUUGCUGAAGAAAGAUAUGAAAAACCAUCUGGACUGCACCCAAUGCCUUCAGCACCCAUGGCUGAUGAAGGACACCAAGAACAUGGAGGCCAAGAAGCUGUCCAAGGACCGGAUGAAGAAGUACAUGGCAAGAAGGAAGUGGCAGAAAACGGGCAAUGCUGUGAGAGCCAUCGGAAGACUGUCCUCUAUGGCAAUGGUAUCAGGGCUCAGUGGCAGGAAAUCCUCGACAGGGUCACCGACCAGCCCAAUCAAUGCAGAGAAACUAGAGUCCAAAGAAGAUGUCUCCCAGGCUUUCCUCGAGGCUGUUGCUGAGGAAAAGCCCCAUGUAAAGCCCUAUUUCUCUAAGACCAUUCGUGAUCUGGAAGUUGUGGCGGGAAGUGCAGCUAGAUUUGACUGCAGGACUGAAGGUCACCCAGACCCCGAGGUCGUCUGGUUCAAGGACGACCAGUCCAUCAGGGAGUCCCGCCACUUCCAGAUAGACUAUGACUAAGAGGGGAACUGUUCUCUGGUCAUCAGCGAUGUUUGCGGGGAUGAUGACGCCAAGUACACCUGCAAGGCUGUCAACAGCCUGGGAGAAGCCACCUGCACUGCCGAGCUCAUCGUGGAAACCAUGGAGGAGGGGGAGGGGGUGGGGGAGGGGGGAGAGGAAGAGGAGGAAGAGUGA